UCCCCGGCCCCCAGCAGCGCCUGCCCCCUUCCCACCGGGGCCCCCCAUGAUGCCACCACCCUUCAUGCCCCCUCCAGGAAUCCCCCCACCCUUUCCUCCAAUGGGACUACCUCCCAUGAGUCAGAGACCACCCGCCAUCCCCCCCAUGCCCCCUGGCAUCAUGCCCCCAAUGCUGCCACCCAUGGGGGCGCCACCACCAAUCACACAGAUCCCCGGGAUGGUACCUCCCAUGAUGCCGGGAAUGCUGAUGCCAGCGGUGCCCGUCACCGCAGCGACGGCUCCGGGUGCGGACACCGCCAGCUCUGCUGUGGCUGGGACAGGCCCUCCGAGGGCCCUGUGGAGUGAGCAUGUGGCCCCUGAUGGGCGCAUCUACUACUACAAUGCUGACGACAAGCAGUCCGUGUGGGAGAAGCCCAGCGUGCUCAAGUCCAAGGCGGAGUUGCUGCUGUCCCAGUGUCCCUGGAAAGAGUAUAAGUCAGACACAGGCAAGCCUUACUACUAUAACAACCAGAGUAAGGAGUCCCGCUGGACCCGGCCCAAGGACCUGGAUGACCUGGAGGCUCUAGUCAAACAAGAGGCUGUAGGGAAACAGCAGCAGCCACAGACACUACAGCCGCCUCCUCAGCCACAGCCUGACCCCCCACCUGCGCCUCCUGGCCCCACCUCCGUGCCCAUGGGCCUCCUAGAACCGGAGCCGGGUGGGAGUGAAGAUUGUGAUGGGUCAGAUGCUGCCCAGCCCCUGGAGCAGGGCUUCCUGCAGCAGCCGGAGGAGGGCCCCAGCAGUUCUGCUGGACAGCAGCAGCCACUACAGCAGGAGGAAGAGGAGGCAAAGCCAGAACCAGAGCGGUCUGGCCUCAGUUGGAGCAACCGUGAGAAGGCAAAGCAGGCCUUUAAGGAGCUGCUGAGGGACAAGGCUGUCCCCUCCAACGCCUCAUGGGAACAGGCCAUGAAGAUGGUGGUCACCGACCCCCGGUACAGUGCCUUGCCCAAACUGAGUGAGAAAAAGCAGGCAUUCAAUGCCUACAAGGCGCAGCGGGAGAAGGAGGAGAAGGAAGAGGCCCGGCUAAGGGCCAAGGAGGCCAAGCAGACCUUGCAGCACUUCCUGGAGCAGCACGAGCGCAUGACCUCUACCACCCGCUACCGGCGGGCAGAACAGACCUUUGGGGAGCUGGAGGUCUGGGCGGUGGUCCCCGAGAGGGAUCGGAAAGAGGUUUAUGACGACGUCCUCUUCUUCCUGGCCAAGAAGGAGAAGGAACAGGCCAAGCAGCUCCGGCGCCGCAACAUCCAGGCCCUGAAGGGCAUCCUGGAUGGGAUGAGCAGCGUCACCUUCCAGACCACGUGGUCCCAGGCCCAACAGUACCUCAUGGACAACCCCAGCUUUGCUCAGGACCAUCAGCUGCAGAACAUGGAUAAGGAAGACGCACUGAUCUGCUUCGAGGAGCACAUCCGAGCUCUAGAGAGGGAGGAGGAGGAAGAGCGGGAGCGGGCCCGCCUCCGGGAGCGGCGCCAGCAACGCAAGAACCGGGAGGCCUUCCAGACCUUCCUGGACGAGCUGCACGAGACAGGGCAGCUGCACUCUAUGUCCACCUGGAUGGAGCUGUACCCAGCAGUCAGCACUGAUGUCCGCUUUGCCAACAUGCUGGGCCAGCCGGGCUCCACCCCUCUGGACUUGUUCAAGUUCUAUGUGGAGGAGUUGAAGGCACGAUUCCAUGAUGAGAAGAAGAUCAUUAAGGACAUCCUUAAGGACCGGGGCUUCUGUGUGGAGGUGAACACAGCCUUUGAGGACUUCGCCCACGUCAUAAGCUUUGACAAGAGGGCUGCCGCGCUGGACGCAGGCAACAUCAAGCUGACCUUCAAUAGUCUGCUGGAGAAAGCAGAGGCGCGGGAGCGAGAGCGGGAGAAGGAGGAGGCACGCAGGCUGCGGCGCAGGGAGGCUGCCUUUCGAAGCAUGCUGAGGCAGGCCGUGCCGGCCCUGGAGCUGGGCACCGCCUGGGAAGAGGUCCGUGAGCGCUUUGUGUGCGACUCAGCCUUUGAGCAGAUCACCCUGGAGUCGGAGCGGAUCCGGCUCUUCCGGGAGUUCCUGCAGGUACUGGAGACUGAAUGCCAGCACCUCCACACCAAAGGCCGAAAGCACGGCAGAAAGGGCAAGAAGCACCAUCGCAAGCGUUCCCACUCACCCUCAGGCUCUGAGUCAGAAGAGGAGGAGCUGCCUCCACCAUCUCUCCGGCCCCCCAAACGGAGGCGGCGGAACCCUUCUGAGUCUGGCUCUGAGCCCUCUUCCUCACUUGAGUCAGUUGAAAGGGGUGCUGCCCUUGGAGGUCGGAGCUCCCCAUCCUCCCGCCUUCUUCUUGGAUCAGAUCAUGGUCUUCGGAAAGCCAAGAAACCAAAAAAGAAAACUAAGAAGAGAAGACACAAGUCGAACAGUCCUGAGAGCGAGACAGACCCUGAGGAGAAACCUGGCAAGGAGAGUGAGGAGAAAGAGCCAGAACAAGAGAAGGACAGGGAGCUCCGGCUGGUCGAGCUCCCUAACCGCUCCCCAGGUUUUGGAAUCAAGAAGGAGAAGGUGAGAGACGGCUGGGACACGUCAGAAAGCGAGCUGAGUGAGGGUGAGCUGGAAAGGCGGCGGCGGACACUCCUGCAGCAGCUGGACGACCACCAGUGACCCCACAAGCUGCGCAGCCUCGGGUCUGUGUGAGGCUGUGGCUCCAUGACACCCUCGCCGUCUGCCACACGCCUUCCUUAGGCUGGUCUGUGUCCACUUUUUCUCAAGUAACCCCACCCCCAACACACCACUGCUGGCACCUCCCCAGGUUGCUCGUGGUGUUGAAGGGCCCCCCCCCACUUCCCGGACAAGUAGCACAGUCCUUGCCCUCAGCCCCACACCAGAGAUUGGUGGUGUAUGGCACGCGGGGUGGGUGGUGCCAGUAGAUUAAAAUGUGAGAAGGGGCCUCCAGGGAAGAGGGACAGGCUGGUGGACACAACCUGGGUGGCAGAGGGUGGGGUCCUAUCCUCUAGCAUCGGUGCCUGCUUCUGCCUGCCUGGGCCCUAGGGCUCGACCACUCCUUCCUCCAACCCUGGGACCCAGU